CAGCCCUCCGCCUGGCGCCACGCCGGCCACAGGCCGAGGGCUAGUCACCCGCGGGCCGGCGCCCCUGCAGCCUGGUCGCUGCGCCCCCCCGCCCUGCUGCGGGACGGGUAACGGUUACGAAGCACUUUCUCCGCCGCGAUUUCUGCUUAGUCAUUGUCUUCCAGGAAACGACUCUUCAGUUGGGAGUCAACUCUCCGGCGGCGGCCGCAGUAGCAGGAGCCGCAGCCACCAGCGCGUCCUUCCCGGGCCGCCGCUCCGCCGCCGCCCUGCCGCCUCCCGGCCUCCCUCGGGCCCGAGCGCAGGCCGGGGUCCCGCCGCGCGGGGCGAGCAGCCUCGCGCUCUGCUCUCCGGCCUCGGGCGCCGCGUCCUACGGGGAGCCUCCUUCCCCGCCUGCUGCCCCGUCGCCGCCGGGCCAGGUCCGUCGGCUGCUGCCAUGGGCACCGACAGCCGCGCGGCCGGGGCGCUUCUGGCGCGGGCCAGCACCCUGCACCUGCAGACGGGGAACCUGCUGAACUGGGGCCGCCUGCGGAAGAAGUGCCCGUCCACGCACAGCGAGGAGCUUCGAGAUUGUAUCCGGAAGACCUUGAAUGAGUGGAGUUCCCAAAUUAGCACAGAUUUGGUCAGGGAGUUUCCAGAUGUCUUGGAAUGUACUGUAUCUCAUGCAGUAGAAAAGAUAAAUCCCGAUGAAAGAGAAGAAAUGAAAGUUUCUGCAAAACUGUUCAUUGUAGGAUCAAACUCUUCAUCAUCAACUAGAAACGCAGUUGACAUGGCCUGUUCAGUCCUUGGAGUUGCACAGCUGGAUUCUGUGAUCAUUGCUUCACCUCCUAUUGAAGAUGGAGUUAAUCUUUCCUUGGAGCAUUUGCAGCCUUACUGGGAAGAAUUACAAAACUUAGUCCACAGCAAAAAGAUUGUUGCUAUAGGUACCUCUGAUCUGGACAAAACCCAGUUGGAACAGCUGUAUCAGUGGGCACAGGUAAAACCAAAUAGUAACCAAGUUAAUCUUGCCUCCUGCUGUGUGAUGCCACCCGAUUUGACUGCAUUUGCUAAGCAAUUUGACAUACAGCUCUUGACUCAUAAUGAUCCAAAAGAACUGCUUUCUGAAGCAAGUUUCCAAGAAGCACUUCAGGAAAGCAUCCCUGACAUUCAAGCACAUGAGUGGGUGCCACUGUGGCUACUGCGAUAUUCAGUCAUUGUUAAAAGUAGAGGAAUUAUCAAAUCAAAAGGCUACAUCUUACAAGCUAAAAGAAAGGGUUUUUAACUACAAUUUAGGAUCAUAACCUACUGACCGGUAUUUUCCUUGAAUAUAAGAUAAAAUUGAGAUGUGUAAAAAUCUAAUUACUGCCUGUAAAUGUGUCAUUGAGGCAGAUAUUCUUUAGUUAUAUUUGACAAUAUGUUAUCUAUCAAGUUUGAAUAUUUCUCUUGCUUCCAUAUCAGUUCACUCACAUGAACCACUAUAUUGUUUUCAUUAAACUAUUGUUUUCUAAUUGAAAUUGUCUAUAAAGAAGAUACUUGCAAUAUAUUUUUCCUUUAUUUUUAUGACAGUAGAAAUCAAGAAAAUUUGUUGUUAGAUAUAUUUUGGCCUAGGCAUCAGGGGAAUAUAUAUACAUAUUUUUUAUUUCUAAAAAAUUCAUUGCUUCUUACUCUACAGUAUAACUAAGCAGUUUAAUUACAGUUGUUAAAUACUGGAAGAUAUUUUUCCUGUCAUUGAUAAGAUGAUUCUAUCUCAGAGUAACUGGAAUAGCUGGGAUCUACUAGUAGUGUAAAUAAAAGUCCUUUCUUCAACAUGUGAAUGGAAGCUUAAAUUUUUUUAUUUGUCCUUGCUUGCAGUUUACCUGUAAUGAUUUAACCUGUAUUCUUGUGCCAUAUUUGCUCUUGCUGUUAUUACAAAGACAAACCAAAGUAAAUACGUAAAGGAGACUAGGAGCUUUGAAAUUAUUGUUUGGGGGUUUUAUAAAAGCAACUAUUGUUACCUCCAGAUUCUUUUUAAUUCUCAAUCUGUCCUUAAUAUUUUCCUACUCAUUCAAAAAUAUUCAGUAAGUAUUGAGGACUACCAUGUGCUGGGCACUGUGGGUUCUGGAGAGAGGAGGGAGCACGGUGAUUAAGAAUCAGUUGAGUAAAAUAUGCAAUAUUUGUUCCCCACUCGUAACUGACAACAAGGGACUAAAAGCCAAAAAAGGGGUGAAAACUUUAAUUCAGGAUCAUGUUGUCUACUUAGACAACUUUGAGACAUGGUCUUAACUGUUUAAAAUCAAAACAAUAUAACCAAAACUUUAAAGCUAAAAGAGACUGUAGAUCAUUUAGUAUAAUUCCUCAUUAGUUUAAGAACCAGAAAAUAGCAAAUAAAUAAGCUGUGACCUCUUUGGUAUAUACUAUAGGUCUUUGUAAUUCUAUAAAUUUGUACCUGUAACCCAAAUAGUUUGAAAAAUUCUUUAAAAAUCUCUUGUAUCUCAAUUAAUACUUUUAAACCAUGUAUUUUAAUACAUGGUUUAUAAAACUAAGAUAAUUAUAUAUAUAUAUACACACAGACAUACAUAACAUACACACACACAUAUAUGUAACUAAUGUAUAAAACUAAUUUUGCCCAAGUUUUUUCAACUUAGGGAAAAGAUCUGUGGUUCCGUAUUCAAAAUAAAUACACUAAAAAUUAAUAAAUAAACAAAUAAGACUCUUUUCCUGUUCUGAGUAACGUUUUGUGGUUUACUAGUUGGAUAAUUUGAUCAUUAGAAUUGUAAUGGGAAAUCAGCUGAUUUACCUGCUAAAACUUUAGACUUUGAGCUUCCUAAAGCCUUAUGUAUAGCCUUUAUAUUAAUUGUAUGUAAUGUUAUUAAAUGUAUAUAGUUAACUUUUUAAUUUGGAAAUGUACAACAUUUUUUCAUGUAAUGUAAGUCUUUAAACAAAUGCUCAUUUUAAUUUAAGCCUAUACAGGGAAUUGGCCAAGAUAUUUUGAGGGCACUUUAAUAUCACAUUUAUUAUUUUUUAAAACCCUGGACUUACAAAAAUGGAUUGUUUGAAAGGUUAGUCUGAAAAUAGAAAAAAACGUAUGUUGCUAAUACAUCCAGACUUCAGCAGGAGCUUUUUGUGUGUUUUUUCCCCAACUCUUGACAAAGUAGAAAGAUUAUAGAUUCAUUUUGUGAAGGGGAUCAUGUGUGGCUUUUUUAAAUGAAUUUUUUGUUUGUUUCGCCUCUGUACCUUUAAUUUCUGUUAUUGAAUGACCUUUUCUUUAAAAAACUGAUUUUUUUUAAAGGCUUUAUCUUCUCUAAGCUGAUAUUCACUUCUUUUUUUGGUGAACUAUCAGAAUAUAGUGAAUGCUUUUCAAGUAUUUAGGGACUUAAUGUUUAAAAAGCCAUAAAAUAGAGUGAUAAUACUACCAAAUAAUUGCUUAAAGCUGAAAACUAAGUUAACAAUAGUGUAUAUAACAGAUAUGUUUUCUGGGGAGCUGUGUAUCCAGUGACCCAAGGUAUAAGUUUUUUUCCAGUAAAUAUGACAAGAAGCUGCAGCUUGUUAUUACAUGUCCAAAAUACACUGGAGCCUUACUUUAACACGAUGUCCUGUAACUUGGAA